UCCCAGCUGAUGCCUGUUCCGGAUCUUCCCACUGGGCGCACUGUUGACCAGGAUCCAUGAACUCAUUUCCUGGCUGAAAGGUACGUCCGAAUAGCAAAUUCAAAACGAGAACUAUACGGUGGCUCCGACACACCCCCGAGUUACAUUGUUCUAUGCCGGAAUCGACCCUCUCGCUGGUGGGGCCUCCGCCUCCGCAGCGGCGUUUUAAGUCCUGGCACAGCGCUUCGCGCCCGUAUCCUCCACGCCUCAUCUGACAUACUCGGAACGACUGAACGUCUUCUCCAAGAUGAACAUCUUCGGUGACUCCAGCUUUUGCAAGAAGCGUCCAACGUUCGAUCUUCCGAUGCCAGCUGCCAUCAGAGCCAUCAACAUAGCUUCGGGGCAUAUCCGCGCGACACACUUCAACCGGCCGUCACCAGUCAAAAUCCCUUCGCUAGGCUUGAUCGUCAAAUAUGGAGCAGACGUGACCAUUGCAGAAGCGCAGACGCAGAUGAAUGUACGCAAACGACUUCAAGGCCGAGUCCCUGUACCUGAGGUCUUUGCCUGGGCCGAGGACGAGGGACAGGGUUUCAUUUACAUAUCGCUCGUCGAGGGUGAGACUUUGCAGGAGAGAUGGGGAAACAUGAGCGAACUCGAAAGGCAGGCUAUAUGUGAAGACCUGAGGUUGAUGGCGAAGGCAUGGAGGGCCUUGGAGCAAGAGGGGCAGCGGCCGUAUAUUGGCGGUCCCGACAAACAACCACUGAACGACAUCUUUCUAGCAUCCUGCCCGGGACUCGUUGGGCCAUUUCAUGGUUUCGACGCUGUUCAAAGGUUUCAAGCAGCAUGCGGCAUCGCCAUCAGUACUGAGACGGCCAUUGUGUUCACUCAUAGUGACCUAGUCCCGCCAAACAUCCUGCUAUCCCCAGGGCCCAACCCGAAGGUGGAGGCAGUCAUUGAUUGGGCCCAGGCGGGGUGGUAUCCCGCGUACUGGGAGUAUUGCAAGGCUCGGCGAGUGAGGCUGGACCCGGAGUGCUUCAGCGAUGCCCUGCAGGAGGAAUGGCGAGACAGGUAUCUGCCCAGGAUUGUUGAUCCUGUGGAUGAUGAAAUGUGCUACCAUCCAUGGCUGUAUUUCGUCCUUACGAAGGGAAUCUAAUCACAUAACCUCGCAGCCGCGAGGUUUAUUCGCAACGGUAAGGCUUUUGCUACUGGGUGAUGUGAUAUGGUGUCCCGGCACGCGUCGCGGACGUCCAUAGCGUCCGGAGCCCAAUUGUCGUCGAUGCGUCGAGGCAUAUUGCGGCGGCCUCGCCGUACCUCAGGCGGGAGCAGCGACACUUCCACCUUGCAUCGCGCUUUCAUUAUCCACCCGCGCCAGCAACA